CUCUACUCUCUUUGCAAGAGGGGUUAUAAAUGCUGAAUGAGUUCUGCCUCUUGAACCCAGAACCUACCAAAGCAAAAUACCAGAUCUCAAAUAUUAAGUCUAUCAUCUCAGCUGUUUUGCACUGCUCUUCUACCAAAGCGCCAGCAUGGGUGUACUUCAUACCGAAGCACUGGCCGAGCUAAGCCUUGGCUCCGCGAUGGCUCUUUCAGGUAUUGCUUUACUUCUUUACCUUUUAAUUAGUUCUGUAUACUACGCUUUCUUUCACCCACUCGCCAAAGUCCCAGGACCGAAACUAUAUGCCAUAACUCAAAUUCCCUAUCUCUACUAUCUCAGCAAAGGCGACUGGGUCUUCCACCUCGCAAAACUGCACGAACAAUAUGGACCAGCUGUCAGAUUCACGCCCAAAGAUGUCUCCUUCAUCACUGCGGAAGCUUCCAAGAAGAUCUACGGUCACAAAGCGGCUGGAAACAAAUCGUUUGAGAAGGACUUUCGUAUGUAUCGCCAAAACCGUCCUUGCUCAAGCAUCGUUCGUUCCGACCAGGAAGACCACAGACGUAUGCGCCGCCUACUCGCACAUGCCUUUUCGUCAAAGGCACUUCGCGGUCAAGGUGAUGUUGUGGAUCACUACGUCGAACUGUUCAUGAAAGGCCUCACAGAGCGGGCACAGCGAGGAGAGGAAAUCGACAUUGUAGCUUGGUAUAACUUUGCCUCGUUCGAUCUCAUUGGUCAUCUCGCUCUUGGUCAGCCUUUCGGAUGUCUUGAGAAUGGAAAGUAUCAUCCUUGGGUCAGCAGAGUCUUCAAGGGCCUCAAGGUUCUUUCUUAUACUCAGAUCUACGUGCGCCUCGGUCUUCAGAAUUGGAUCUCUUUGUUGAGUCCGCCAAGCUUGAGGAAGAGCUAUGAAGAGCAUAUGCAGUUCGCAGAGCACGCGGCACUCGCCCGCAUUGAAUCCAAGGAUACUGACAGCCAAGACUUUAUGUCCUAUGUCCUUCGUCAUAACGAUGAGAAGGGUAUGUCGCAGCUUGAGAUCAUCGAAAAUUCGGGGGUCAUGAUCAUCGCUGGCAGCGAGACAACAGCUACUCUUCUCAGUGGAACCACCUAUUUCCUUCUCAAGAACCCUGACAAGCUUGAGAAGUUGACAAAUGAGAUACGCUCUGCCUUUAGCUCAGAGGAAGAGAUCACUGUUACCCAGGUUGACCAACUGAAGUAUAUGCUGGCUGUCUUCAACGAAGGGUUUCGCAUGUACCCACCAGUUGCUGUAGGACUGUCGAGAAUUUCCCCAGCCGGUGGCGAGUUCAUCGACGGUUAUUGGAUUCCUGAGAAUACUGCGGUUUCGAUGCCUCACUGGCCCGCAUAUUACUCAAAACUAAACUUCAGAGAUCCCAAGAAGUUUGUCCCAGAACGUUGGUUGGAUGAUCCUCGAUAUGCGAGCGACAACCGGGCUAUCCUAUCGCCAUUCUCCCUCGGACCCCGUGACUGUAUUGGCAAAAAUCUGGCGUAUACCGAGAUGCGACUCUUGUUGGCUCGCAUGCUCUGGAAGUUUGACCUCGAGGCUGUACCAACCGAUAAAGACUGGUACGACCAGAAGAUCUUCUUCCUAUGGGAGAAGGGUGGACUGCCUAUCAAACUAAAAGAGGUUGUUCGUGAGAAAGUGUGAAUGCACAAGAGUCACUGGCAAGCUAGAGAAUUAAAGUAUAUUAUGUUUGGUAACGGCCCAUAGAAGAUAUUAUGCUUAGUUGGGAUCAAGUGUCCUUGGGAGCAGUAGCAACAGGCUAGGCUGGAUUGCCAACGAUCGAAUUUACCUAUAGUUAAGGCAGCGCGGUUCAGCGACCUCCAGCGGGUCAGUCAGGCCACCAGAUAAUCUAACAUACAUUUCAAUCCGCCC